CGAGAGGCCGCCUCCGCGGGCCGGGCCGACCCAUCCGCACCGCCCAGCGGCCGCCUGGGGUCCCCGGCAGCCCAGAGCCGGCGAGGAGGAGGAGGAGGAGAGAGGAGAGAGGACCGGCCGCGCCUGCAGCCAGCCGUGGGGUCUGUGCGGAGGAGAGCAGCCCCAAGCGAGCGCCUCGUCACCCCGGCCCCGCGCGCGGAGGAGCCAUGGCCGAGGGGGAGAUCACCACCUUCGCCGCCCUGACCGAGAGGUUCGACCUGCCCCACGGGAGCUACAAGCAGUCCAAGCUCCUCUACUGCAGCAACGGCGGCCACUUCCUCCGCAUCCUCCCGGACGGCACGGUGGACGGGACGAGGGACAGGAGCGACCUGCACAUUCAGCUGCAACUGAGUGCGGAAAGCGUGGGGGAAGUCUAUAUAAAGAGCACCGAGACGGGCCAGUACUUGGCCAUGGAUGCCGACGGGCUUUUAUACGGCUCACCAACCCCAGAUGAAGAGUGCUUGUUCCUGGAAAGGCUGGAAGAAAAUCACUACAACACCUACGUCGCCAAGAAAUACGCCGAGAAGAAUUGGUUUGUUGGCCUCAAAAAGAACGGAAGCUGCAAGCGUGGUCCGCGGACUCACUACGGCCAGAAGGCAAUCCUGUUCCUGCCCUUGCCCGUCUCCUCGGAGUAGAGGACUGUGCUCUGGGUGCUGAGCACUCCGGAGGCGCCUCGAGGGGUCCUCAGCUCGCCGACCCCCCCCCCACAAUUGUUCCCUUCACCUUGGCUGUGCUACCCCCCAGCCCACAGAGCCUGAGUGUGUCAGCAAUGCGCUUCUCAGUGUCCAGCCCAUGUUUCCUGCAGAGCCCUAAUGUACCCUGGCACGGGUUGGCACGGAGGACCACGUGGCCCCAAGGGGCCGAGGGGCUGGCCAGCAGGGGUGCAGCAGCACCCAGCACCUGCAACCGGCCGAGCCUCUGAACGGAAGGCAGGGCCAGAGGGAGCAUGUGCUGGGGUCUGCCGGGCCACCCGCUAGGGAGCAAAGCUUGGCUGACUGGCCGCCUUUUUCCCCAUCAGGAUCCUCUGAGACACUCGCAGAGCAGCCCAGGAAGGGAGGGGGGCAGGGAGAGGGACUAGGCACCCCCUCUCCUCCCGCGUGGAAGGGAGUUGCGCUUUGAUGGGUGGCGGAGCAGGUGGGCUCUCAGGGCUGCGGUGAGGGAAGUCUCCGCCUGUCCUCGCUUCCCCGCUAGCGUGAAGCCUGUAGGAUGAGGGGAGAGCCCCACACAGGGGGUACAGGGCCCCCCCCAUGAACGUGACAUCAUCCCAUGCGGGGGUGGGGGUGGGCGUGAUGAGAAAGAAAAGGUACCCGUGGCUGGGGAGACGGGGUCCCCCAUCCAGGGUGAUUGAAGAAGCAAGGAAUAAAGAGCAGUUGACCCAGGAGCCGUGAAUAAGUGGGGGGGGGGCUUUGGGGUCCUCCCCCUCCCAACUCUAAUAUGAACGCAGAAUGUGCAAGGAUCUGGUUGGAAUAUGGAACCUGACUGGGUGGGGCCGGGGCAGAGCGUCUGCAUUGCCCACAGGCUGGCGGGGCCUGUAGGGGCCUCCCCCCCCCCCCCCGCCCGCCAUCUAGCUUCAGGAUAGAUCCUACAGGGUGAUGCUCAGAGGUGUCCUCACCUGGCUCCGCCACCCCUAAACACACACCCAAGCAGCUCCCCAACAGCCCGGCGGCUUGGGCCCAGUGCUUCUACAAUGCCCAUUUAGAACACAGACCAAACCUUCCGAGAAUGUUCAACCCUCCCCAAGAGCUUUUCCCGAGACCAUUUCUGCUACCUUCACUUAUAUCAAUAGGCUUCCUUCUUAAAGUAAACUUGAUCUAAGUGGCUAGAGAAUGUCAUGUAAAGCCCUUUCAUGAGCAUUUUAAAUGUAUGCAUGCUUUAAUCACACUGUAAAAUAUAUCGCUUGAAGGCGUUCAACUGAUUAGCGUUCAGCCACUAAGAAUGCUGAUAGGCAGAUAGGAUCUACAAGCUCUUUGGCUAUCUUAUACACUAAUUACCCCCUGAGACUUUUCUGGUGUUCAUGGUACUGUUACGUAUCUUCUUUUGGCACGGGGACUUCUUAGGUGUGCUACAGAAAUUGUGGCGAAAAACUGACGCACGCUAGCUCCUAUUUUAUAAGGAAUGGAAGUAUUCCCUUAAAAUUGCAUUGCCCUGUUUAGGCUGGAAGGCAAAGGACAAUUUGGAAGUUCAAAGUGAGGAAAAGCUAGGUUGACAUUACAGUCAAUAGUAGUGUUCUGCUUUUGUGUAGCAAAAUGAUGUCAUAACGUCUCUUGUUUUCAUAAGAAUUCUGUUUUAUUUUCGUAAGUCUUCGCAAACAAGGUGGGCAUAAUGCACUGUGGUUUAACAUGUCGUUAGUGUGAAGAUUUGGCCAGUUAAAGGUAUCCAGAGAGGAAAUCCAGAUGUUUCUAAAGGUCCAUCAGUUUUAGUGUGUGGAUCAAAUUCAAGUAUGACAUUGGCCAAGGAAAAUGAAAUACCGUUGCUAACAGGUGAGAGACGGUGUCUGUGAUUUCAUGGAUUGUAACCUCACAGGCGGAGCCCCGUCACCACUAUCUGUGGAUUUGCUCAAUGGAUAUUACGUGCCUUCUGUGUGCCCAGCACUGUUUGGGGAUGGGGGCUUUCGGGACCGUUCCUGUCUGUCUGGUUUGCUGCUGUAUCCCCUCCCAGGGCAUUAUAUGUGUGAUGAAAGAGGCUGUGUAGUCAUUUCUUUCAGUCAGGUCAAAAUAUAGACCUUGUAACUUCCUGCUCAAUAAACCACAAGUCUUAG